GUUGAGGGGUUCUAAGGAAGCCCAAGUAGUAGAGUGUACAAUAUCGUUUUGGAAUGUCAAAGCAACAAAUCAUAUCGAUAAAAAAUAGGCAGCGCGUAACACUUGAACCUUAUCCGUCCUGCUUGGAAAGAGGUGGCUGCCAUGGACGAUGAGCUCGACAAAGAGGGCGGUAAAGAUCUUGCUUGACUCGUCCAUCGCUUUCUGCUCCAUCCUUCACACACGGUCUCUCAUACCUCCUUCCUGCUAGAGUCCUCAACCUAGCUUGUACAGAGAUCAUUCCUGCUUUCGACCUAACUCUGAUCACGUCCUAUAAACAUUAACAUCGGAUCUUCUGCAUUCCGCAUGAGCGACCAGGAGUACCAGCAGGAGAGCACUGCUGCGGCAACAGCUGCAAACAGCUCUGGCGCGCCGCAAGUGGCACAGCAGAAUAUGCAGUACGUCGAGGAAACCGGCCGUUGGACAUACACGGACGACGAGGGUGUUUCGUUCGAGUACGACGAGAACUUGAAAGCCUGGUUUCCUAUGUUUAACGAGCAAUUGAUACAGGCACAGCAAUCCGCCUACGGCGAGACAGUCCCCGAUAGCUUUGAAUCGGUAUACGCCGAGAAUGCAAGGCGACAGAAGCGCAAGAAGAACGAUAUUGACUACACUGGAAGCAACGCGACUUCAUUGCCAGUAGAUCACAUUGGCGAAGAUAUUGACGGAUCGGAUUUCCCGCCCGGAUUAGAGUCGAUCCCUGGACGAGGCGAGGGAUCCGACAAGCAGAAUAAGAGACAGAAGCACAAUAAUAACAACAAAGGCGAGCGGAAACCAAAGCCGAUCUCUUCGGUCUUUGUUACAGGAUUGCCACUAGAUACGGAUGUGGAUGAAGUUGUGGAUGUGUUCAAAAAAGGGGGUGUCUUCAUGGAAGACGAGAAAGGAAAUCCAAAGAUCAAGCUGUACACGGAUAAGGAAGGUCGCAGGAACGGCGAGGGAUUAGUCACGUAUCUGAGACCAGAGUCCGUCGCCCUGACGGUCGAUCUUUUGGACGAUACAGAAUACCGGCCCGGUGUUGAGAAGGGACGGAUCCGUGUACAGCAGGCGCAAUUCAAGGAAAAGGAGCGGCCAGCAGCACCGGCUUCACUUUCAGAAGACCGCAAAAAGAAGGUCCAGAAGAAGUAUCAAAAGUUGGAAAAGAAACUGGAUUGGUUUGAGGACGACGAAAACUUGGUCAAGGCCGACAAGUGGAACAAGGUGUGCAUCCUCAAACACAUGUUUACGCUUCAGGAGCUUGAGGCCGACCCGUCGCUGCUUCUAGAUCUAAAAGAGGACAUUCGGGAAGAGUGCGAGAAGCUAGGCGAAGUCACCAACGUGAUCAUCUACGAUCAUCAUCCAGAAGGAGUGGUAUCUGUGCGGUUCAAGGACAAGGAAUCAGCAAUCCUCUGCGUCCGCAUGAUGUCUGGCCGUUAUUUUGCAGGACAAAAAGUCGUGGCUGAGAUCUAUGAUGGACAUUCGAAAUAUGAGGUUCAAAAGACGAAGGAAGAACUCGAAGAGGAAGAGAAACAGCGGUUGGAUCGGUAUGCCAGGUGGUUGGAGGCUGAGGAAGAGAAGGAGAAGAAAGGAAAACAAAAGACAGACGAUGAAGCAGACGGUGAUACAGAGCAGACGAUCGCGGCAGAUGCUCCCACGCCAUGAAACAACGGUAGAUGUCGAUUAUACUGCUUACGGAGGAAACUCAUGGUCAUCAUGGAAACGACAAAUAAAAGGGCAUUGCUCAAAAACCUUUUUUUGUGUGUGUGUGUGUGUGUGUGCGUGAAUAAACUUUUAUUCUAUCCGGUAUAAUAGUAUCCUCU